UUCUGUGGCUGGAUGUGGGGGAAUUGGAGACGUGGCGUCGAGUGGAACAGCUGCUGAACGAGUCGUGGGCCGAAGUUAUUGGAUGAGAAAGCACAGGCGACAAGGUCGCCACCUGCAGCCGGCGGGCAAUAUGCCGGGGUCGCUGCACUGUGGCCGUGAGAGGCAACGCCGAAUCCCAGGGACACACGCACACACAACACUAGUUGCAGCAGCAGUUUUCGGUUCCUGUUUAAACACUCGGCAGCGGACAGUGCUGUGGUGAAAUGCUAAUCGCGGGGUAGAACUGUUUACCUUUCUUUGGCAGCGCGGCUGAUGAUUGCGUUCAUAGCAAGUUUUACGAAAAGUGCGACAAACGCUGGACUGACCUUUAGCAAAAUUCACAAAAUAAAACACUUCUAGUGCUGGAGGCAUUCCGGAACAGAUAGGAAUCGACCCCAGGCCUCCUGGUUCAGAGUCUAAGCUUCAAGUCCUCCUAGUGAAAGGAGAGAGUGGUGAACACUGGGAUGCCUCAACUAACAGCAGCUGCUGCUUUGCAAAUUGGUUUAUUAAUAUCUGCACUUCCUGCACAGUAUAUUUUAUCUCGUUGGUCUGGCAGUGAUUCUACCCUGCGCAUCCGGGCAUCAAGAAGGUUAAUCAAUAGCUGGAACCGAUUCAAAAACUCGUAUUUAAAUGUACAAGCAUGGAAGGACUGGCUAAAAGAAUGGACUUUAAAAGCAAGAUCUACCCAGCAUGAAGAUCCUCCUGGAGAGUCUCCAGCUAUGGAGGUCUUUCUAUUGAAUGAGAAUGAUGGAUACUUUGCAGACUCACCGGAGCCUCGCUCCCCAAGGCCACUGUCUGUUAAAUACAGAGUAGGACAAGUCAUCAAACACAGGCAGGAUGGGUACAUUGGUGUGAUUGUCGGCUGGGAUGAGAAAGCAAGAGCUCCGGAAGAAUGGCUUAAUCAAAGAUAUCCUUCAGAUGUGGAGAUUUUGAAAAGUAUUCCCCAUUAUAAGGUUCUGAUUCAUACAAAUGAUGGAAGAAAUGCAGAAACAGCCUAUGUUUCAGAGUUGGAUAUGGUCAUAUUAACUGGUGUGCAGGUGUACCACCCACUGUUGGUAUAUUACUUCAGCAUGUUUGAUGGAGAACAGUACAUAAUGAUGCCAUGGCUGAUGCAAAUCUACCCCCAUGACUGAACGGUGAUUAAUUACCAAAUGAUGCAAGAAAUGUGUUUUGCACCGUAAGAAUUUUUUUUGAAACCUUUAAAUUGAUGAAGGCCUCUCAAUGUAUAAUGUAUUUAAAAUAUAAUGCUAAAACUCUUUAAAGAAAAUGUAAAAAAUAUUGCUAUUAUCUACUCAGAUUUAUUGAUAUUUCUGGUUGAAAUAUGAAAUAACUAGUAGAUGAUUCAGGGGUUAUUCUAUAAAAAUCAGAUGUAUAUUUUCUACAUAUUUUUGAGAAUUAUUUUUUGAGAAAACUAUGCAAUUUAUUUCUUCCUUGAACAAUGGCAAAAUGUAUCACAGGUUUCUCACCUGUACACUUUCUUUUUCUGAAAUUUUGAUCAUUCACUGACCUUCUAGUAGCUUAUAGAGAGAAAAAUCAAAGGCAUAAGAUAUUGUCUACCACUCUAGUAGUAAUUCAUAGCAUGUCCUUUCUGUCCCUAUAGCAACAAAAUUAUGCUGUUGCUAAGUAAAAGUUGAAACUCCAAUUUUUCUGUGAGUUAGAAUUGAUCUUUGACUUUAGGCUGUAAUACGCUGAAAACUAUAGGGUAGCUAUCUCGGCUUGUCUUGUCUCCUUGAAAUAUAGCUCUGGAGUUUCUUUUAUUUCAAAAUACCAGUUCACAAGCUUUUUCAUUGUGCAAGGUUUAACAACAGAAUGAUUCAUGCGUGACUCAGAUCUGAGAGAGUUGAGUACGAGUAGGAGUGCUUUUGAAAUAUUUCCUGGUAAAGAAAAAAUGUCAGCCAAGAUUCUUGUCUUUGAUUAUAGGGACGUGCAUACCUAUAGAAGCUGGGCAUGGGCAGGUUCGAAGUGUCCAAGGAAUAAUAUAGACUGAUACCCACUGACAUGUUUGUCAGUGAAGAUGGGUCAUAUUGGUAAGGCUUAGUAAAAUUAAUGGCAGGUAGUGGUGGAAAGACUGAAACUGUUCUGUUCACUUCUCCAGAGACUAGAUUUAUCCCUUCUUGAUUUCAUCUACUAAUUUGCAUCUACUAAUUUGCACCUGACUAACCCAAGUGACAGGCUGCACACCCCACCUCAUGAGUAUUUCCACCUCAGUAAUAUAGCCAGCUGUAUCCAUACUUGACUGCUACUGUUACUAAACAUCACACACCUUCUUCAGUUUCAGGCCUUUCCUUCCCACAGAGCUACCCUGAGGUCCAUCUGUUAAAGCUCCAAGUCAACCUAAACCUUACUCACAUCAGUUCUAUCCUACCCUGCCCUUGUCAACUCUCAGUGGCUCCCCCUUCCCAGUUUGAUUAUUUCAUAGAAGCAAAAAAGAAAUCCAAAAGCAGGAAAAUCUCUAAAUCCAACUGGACCUAAAACUAAAUAUUCCCAGUUUCAUGCUGCAUAAAUAUUUAUAAAAUUAUUGCAGUUAAAACCAACUAUAUAUGAACCUUCAAGCAAUCUACUGUAGGUGCAGGAGAUUGGAAAUAAAAACUGGAAGUUCUGUAGAAAUGUAGCAUCUCUGGCAGCAUCUGUGGAGAGUGAAGCACUAAGAGAAUAUCCUACAAGGUGAAGGAGGGCAGUGGAUAAUUGAGACUGUUCAUCUGUUGUUGGGAAAAUGUUUGCAUGUUGUAAAAGAUGUAGCAGUACAGCAUGUUGAAAUACAUAAUAUGAUCAAGCAGAGGCAGCAUGACUUCAUGAUGGAGAAAUCAUGCUAAAUAAGUUUAUUAGAGGUUUUGAGGGGGUAACAAGCAGCACUGAUGAAGGGGAAUGAAUAGAUGUAAUAUAUUCGGAUUUCUAAAGUGCAUUCAUUAAGGCACCACAUAUAAGACUACUUAAUAAAUUCAUUUUUAUACUUGACCUUAUUAUCCUUAAUUCUUUAAAAUCUCAAAUGCAUUGCUAAAGUUUAAUAAACUUAUCUAUUAGAGCCUUUCUAUUAGAGUCAUACAGCAUUGCAAUGCCUCUUACAAAAGAGGUCCUUUGGACUAUCAUAUCUGCACUGGUCAUCAAGCACACUACUCUCGUCCCAUUUCUCAGAACUUGACUUGUAGUCCUGUUUGCUCUGGCUUUUCAAAUAAUUCACCUAAAUUUUCUUCAAUGUUGCAAUGACACCUCUCUGACCCUUUCAGACAGUGAGUUGCAGAAUCUUGAGUGAAAAAAAUGUUUUCCCUAAAUCCCCUAUAAACCUCUUGCCAUUAGCUUUCUCUGAGCCUUCUUUUCAACAGUAUAAACAAUCCCCAUGUCUUCAACCUCUCUGUUGAUCAGAGGCCCUAGGCUGGGUAUCUUGCUAUUUCCUGUUUAGCAUUCCUGUCAAUUUCAAGAUAUUGUUUCUGUAAUAUGGUUGCCAGAAUUGUAUGCUAUUCCAGAUGUAUCUGUGCCAAUAACUAUAAAUUCAUUGUCAUCCUAGUUUUUAAGCUCUUAUUUUGUCUAUACAUUUUUAUUGCUUUACAUAUUGAUAUUCUGUGAUAUUAGCUUCAUCAUGUAGGCAUUACCUAUUCUUCAGUGCCUUCCACCAACGUCUCGUCCAGAAUGACAGUGGAAUCUGAAUCUCCUCAGUGCGAGAGACAAAACUGGAGCAUAUGUAACCCUCUUCAACCAGCAGUACCAAGUGGCUACUGCACUUUGGUCUCCUCCUGAGGUCUCCAUCACAAGGUUCAAGCAAUUGGUUUCACUCCACAUGAUAUCAAAAGAAUGACUGAAGGCACUAGAUGCUUCAGUCUUUGGCCCUGAAAACAGCCUGGCUGUAGUACUGAAGAUGUGUGCUUGAGGUCUAGCUACACCCUGGUCAAUCUGGUUGAGGUAGACCUACAACAGUGGUAAUGUAGAAAAUUUCCUAGGUAUGUCCUUGUCUUCAGAAGCAGGCUAAAUCAAAUCUGGUUAAUUAUUAUCCCAUCAGUUUAUUCUGCCCUAUCAGCAAGGGGAUGGCAAGUGUCAUUGGCAAUGCUGUCACACAUUAUCAGCUCAGCUGUAAUCUCUUCAAUCAUGUUUGAGUUCUGCCAGGGCUGUUUGGCUCCAGACCUUAUUACAGCCAAGAUCCAACUGUGGACAAAAGAGCUUGAACUCAAGAGGUGAGUGUCUGCGUAUGAUAUCAGCAUUUAACCAAGUGUAGCAAUAAGUAACCCGAGCAAGACUGAACUCGGGGAAAACUCUGCACUGGAAAAUUAACUCAGUGGAAGAUGGCUAUAGUUGUUGGAAGUCAAUCAUCUCAAUCCCGUGACCUUAUUGCAGGAGUACCUCAAGAUAGUAUCCCAAGGCUCAACCAUCCACACUUGUUCGUGAAUAUCCCCUCCCACUGCCCCAAAAAAUCAAAAUUGGGACUGCUGCUGCUGACGAUAGCACAGUGUUUCGCAACAUUCACAACUCCUCAGACACUGAAAUAAUCCAUCUUGGUAUACAUUUCAUACUAUUUCUGUCACAUCAUUGUCAUUUAACAAAGUUGGACAAGCUGUGUGUAGAUUACUGUAGCCAUAUGCAUUGUUUGAGAACAUUUUGU